AUGCAGCCGGUGUACUCGGAGCCCAAACCCAACCCGCUGCAGAAAGCGAACGUGUGCUCGCGCGUGUUCUUCUGGUGGCUGAACCCCCUAUUUAAAAUCGGCCACCAGCGGAGACUUGAAGAAGAUGACAUGUACUCAGUGCUUCCCGAAGAUCGUUCCAAGCACCUGGGGGACGAGUUGCAAGGGUACUGGGAUAAAGAAGUUUGGCAAGCAGAGAAGGAAGGUCGAAAGGCAUCUUUGACGAGGGCAAUCAUCAAGUGUUACUGGAAAUCCUAUCUCAUUUUGGGACUCUUUACUUUAAUUGAGGAAGGCACCAAAGUGGUCCAGCCCCUAUUUCUGGGGAAAAUCAUUAAUUACUUUGAAAACUACAACCCUGAUGACACCGCAGCACUGCACGAAGCUUAUGCCUAUGCCACGGUGCUUACAGCCUGCACACUGGUGCUCGCCAUCCUUCACCAUCUGUAUUUCUACCACGUCCAGUGUGCCGGCAUGAGGCUGCGGGUUGCCAUGUGCCAUAUGAUCUACCGGAAGGCUCUGCGUCUCAGUAACACGGCCAUGGGCAAGACCACCACAGGACAGAUUGUCAACCUGCUGUCCAAUGAUGUGAACAAAUUUGAUCAGGUGACGAUAUUCUUGCACUUUCUGUGGGCAGGGCCGCUGCAGGCCAUCGCGGUGACCGCCCUGCUCUGGAUGGAAAUAGGCAUCUCCUGUGUGGCGGGCAUGGCUGUGCUCCUGAUCCUGCUGCCUCUGCAAAGCUGCAUCGGGAAGCUCUUCUCCUCCCUCCGGAGCAAGACAGCAGCGUUCACGGACAUCCGCAUCAGGACCAUGAACGAGGUGAUCACAGGCAUCCGAAUCAUAAAGAUGUAUGCUUGGGAGAAGUCCUUUGCGGAUCUCAUCACGGGCUACAGGAAGAAGGAGAUCUCGAAGGUCCUGCUCAGUUCCUACCUGCGAGGCAUGAACCUGGCCUCGUUCUUCGUGGCCAGCAAGAUCAUUGUGUACGUGACCUUUGUCACCUAUGCGCUCCUGGGCCAUGUGAUCACGGCCAGCCGCGUGUUUGUGGCCGUGACGCUCUACAGCGCCGUGCGCCUCACUGUCACCCUCUUCUUCCCCUCGGCCAUCGAGAAGGUGUCGGAGGCCCUUGUGAGCAUCCGUAGGAUCAAGAACUUUCUGCUGCUGGAUGAGAUCACACGGUCGGUACCCUCUCUGCCCACUGAUGGGAAAGUGCUGCUGUCUGUGCAAGAUGUCACAGCCUUCUGGGACAAGGCCUCAGAAACUCCGACUCUGCAUGGCCUCUCCUUCUCAGUCAGGCCAGGAGAGCUCUUAGCCGUGGUCGGGCCCGUGGGAGCCGGGAAGUCGUCACUGCUGAGUGCGGUGUUGGGCGAGCUGCCGCCGAGCCAGGGCCGGGUCAGCGUGCAUGGGAGCAUUGCCUACGUGUCGCAGCAGCCCUGGGUAUUUUCGGGGACCGUGAGGAGCAACAUCCUCUUUGGGAGGAAGUACGAGAAGGAGCGGUACGAGCGGGUCAUCAAGGCGUGUGCACUGAAAAAGGACCUGCAGCUGCUGGAGGAUGGUGACCUGACCGUGAUUGGAGACCGAGGCACCACGCUCAGUGGAGGCCAGAAAGCCCGGGUCAACCUCGCCAGAGCUGUCUACCAGGAUGCCGACAUCUAUCUGCUGGAUGACCCACUCAGUGCUGUGGAUGCAGAAGUCAGCCGGCACCUGUUCGAGCUGUGUAUCUGUCAGAGUCUGCACGAGAAAAUAACCAUCUUAGUCACCCACCAGCUACAGUACCUGAAAGCGGCGAGUCAGAUCCUCAUCUUGAAAGACGGGGAAAUGGUACAAAAGGGGACUUACACGGAGUUUCAGAAAUCUGGCAUCGAUUUUGGUUCCCUCUUAAAGAAGGAGAAUGAUGAGGCUGAACACUCGCCACUUCCUGGGACGCCCAUACUGAGAAAACGCACCAUCUCUGAGUCCUCCGUGUGGUCUCAGCAAUCCUCGAGGCCCUCACUGAAGGAUGGUGGCCCGGAAGGCCAGGAACCUGAGAAUGUCCAAGUAACGGUGCCUGAGGAAAGCCGUUCUGAGGGGAGAGUGGGUCUUAAGGCCUAUAAGAAUUACUUCACUGCUGGUGCUCACUGGUCUGUGAUCAUCUUUCUUCUUCUCAUAAACAUGGUUGCCCAGGUGGCCUACGUCCUUCAGGACUGGUGGCUUUCAUACUGGGCGAAUAAGCAGAGUGCUCUGAAUAUCACAGCAAAGACAUCGGGGAAUAUGACCCAGGAGCUGGAUCUUCACUGGUACUUGGGCAUUUAUUCAGGUCUCACUGUGGCCACUGUCAUCUUUGGCAUAGCAAGAUCCCUGCUGGUUUUCUACGUCCUGGUGAAUUCGUCACAGACCUUGCACAACCGCAUGUUUGAGUCCAUCUUGAAAGCACCCGUGCUGUUCUUUGAUAGAAACCCAAUAGGAAGAAUUUUAAAUCGUUUCUCCAAAGACAUUGGGCAUAUGGAUGACUUACUGCCUCUCACCUUUCUAGAUUUCAUCCAGACAUUUCUACAAGUGAUCGGCGUGGUGGGUGUGGCCAUUGCAGUGAUCCCUUGGAUUGCUCUUCCUCUGGUUCCUCUGGGCAUCAUCUUCAUUGUGCUUCGACGGUAUUUCCUACAAACAUCUAGAGAUGUCAAACGUCUGGAAUCUACAACUCGGAGCCCAGUGUUUUCCCACCUGUCAGCAUCUCUGCAGGGACUCUGGGUCAUCCGCGCUCACAGAGCUGAGGAGAGGUUCCAGGAGCUAUUUGAUGCGCACCAGGAUUUGCACUCAGAGGCGUGGUUCUUGUUCCUGACGACGUCGCGCUGGUUCGCUGUUCGUCUGGACGCCAUCUGUGCUGUCUUUGUCAUAGUGGUGGCCUUCGGGGCGCUCAUUCUGGCCAAAACCUUGGACGCAGGGCAGGUGGGCCUGGCCCUCUCGUACGCCCUCACGCUCAUGGGCAUGUUCCAGUGGUGCGUCCGGCAGAGCGCCGAGGUGGAGAACAUGAUGAUUUCCGUGGAGCGUGUGAUGGAAUACACAGACCUGGAGAAGGAGGCGCCUUGGGUGUGCCAGAAGCGGCCGCCACCUACCUGGCCCCAUGAGGGUGUCAUCGUUUUUGAUAAUGUCAACUUCACCUACAGCCUGGAUGGGCCUCUGGUGCUGAAGCAUCUGACAGCUCUCAUCAAGUCCAGAGAAAAGGUUGGCAUCGUGGGGAGAACAGGCGCUGGCAAAAGUUCCCUCAUCUCAGCUCUUUUCAGACUGUCAGAACCUGAAGGUAAAAUCUGGAUUGAUAAGAUUUUGACGACCGAGAUUGGGCUUCACGACCUCCGGAAGAACAUGUCUAUCAUACCUCAGGAACCUGUUUUAUUCACUGGAACAAUGAGGAAAAACCUGGAUCCCUUCAAUGAACACACAGAUGAGGAACUAUGGAAUGCCUUAGAAGAGGUACAACUGAAAGAAGCUAUCGAAGAUCUUCCCGGUAAAAUGGACACUGAACUAGCAGAAUCAGGAUCAAACUUUAGCGUGGGACAGAGGCAGUUGGUGUGCCUCGCCAGGGCUAUUCUCAGGAAAAAUCGGAUAUUAAUUAUUGACGAAGCAACAGCAAAUGUAGAUCCAAGAACCGAUGAUUUAAUACAACAGAAAAUCCGUGAGAAAUUUGCCCAGUGCACCGUGCUGACUAUUGCCCACAGAUUGAACACCAUCAUCGACAGCGACAAGAUCAUGGUUCUGGAUUCAGGCAGGCUGAAAGAAUAUGAUGAGCCAUAUAUUUUGCUGCAGAAUAAAGAGAGCCUAUUUUUUAAAAUGGUGCAACAGCUGGGCAAGGCCGAAGCUGCCGCACUCAUCGAAACAGCAAAACAGGUCUAUUUCCGAAAGAAUUACCCGGAUAUCAUGCACAAUGGCCACAUGCUUAUGAAUGCUUCCAACGGACACCCCUCGGCCUUAACUAUUUUCGAGACUGCUCUGUAAUCUUUCCAGGAUGCCAGCUCUACUCCAAAGGCAUUUCUCCAAUCAUUUUUGCACUGUGUCAGCUGUGGUUUUUUGUUUAUUUUUUGUUUUUCUGUUUUUAGUCUACCGACCAAUGCACCUACAUGGAUGAGAUCAUAGUUUAUUGGGAUAU